AUGCACAGUUCCAAUAGAACCACUAUGGUUACACAGUUUGUCCUGGUGGGCUUCUCUAGCCUAGGGGAGCUCCAGCUGCUGCUGUUUGUCAUCUUCCUUUUCCUGUACUUGACAAUCCUGCUGGCCAAUGCCACCAUCAUGGCUGUUAUCUGCUGCAGCUGGACUCUGCACACUCCCAUGUAUGGUUUCCUGUUCAUUCUUUCCUUUUCUGAAUCCUGCUACACGUUUGUCAUCAUCCCUCAGCUGCUGGUCCACCUGCUCUCAGCCACCAAGAGCAUCUCCUUUGUGGCCUGUGCCACCCAGCUCUUCUUCUUCCUUGGCUUUGCCUGCACCAACUGCUUUCUCAUCGCUGUGAUGGGGUAUGAUUGCUAUGUGGCAAUUUGCCACCCUCUGAGGUACACACUCAUCAUGAACAGGUUAGGGUUGGGGUUGGUUUCCCGGUCCGGAGUCAUGGGUUCCUUCAUUGCUUUGGUGGCCACCAACCUCAUCUGUGACAUGCCUUUUUGUGGCCCCAACAGGGCCAACCACUAUUUCUGUGACAUGGCACGUGUUAUUAAGUUGGCUUGCACAGACACCCAUGUGAAGGAACUGGCUCUAUUCAGCCUCAGCAUCCUGGUGAUCAUGGUGCCUUUCCUGCUGAUUCUCAUCUCUUAUGGCUUCAUCUUUAACACCAUCCUGAAGAUCCCCUCAGCUGAGGGAAAAAGAAAGGCUUUUGCAACGUGCACCUCCCACCUCACGGUGGUCUUCGUGCACUACGGUUGUGCCUCCAUCAUCUCCCUGAGGCCCAGAUCCAAGUCUGCCUCAGACAAGAAUCAGUUUGUGGCAGUGACCUACACUGUGGUGACUCCCCUGCUUAAUCCCCUUGUCUACAGUCUGAGGAAUCAGGAGGUGAAGACUGCCCUCAAGAGAGUUCUGGGAAUGCCUGUGGCAACCAAGGUGAUCUAA